AUCCAUUAAAUGUGACCGCCGUUCUCCAGUGUGGUUCUGAUGCAGCUACAGUAUCUUGGCAUGCCAGCGCCGGGGCCGCAUCGUACCAUGUUUUGGCUUACGCCUCACAGCAUCAAACAUCCUGCUGGAGCAUGUCAACUUCCUGUCAGUUGAAUGGCCUACAGUGUGGAGCGACGUACAAUCUGACUGUUGUUGCUGAGGGCAGCACAUGUAACAGCACUGGAGGCUCACAAGCAACGUUGAUGACAGCUCCAUGCUCGCCAUACUUCGAAAACAGCACCCAAAUCUGUGGCACAAAUUCCUCCAUUGUGUCCUGGAUGCCAGUGGACGAUGCCACAGGUUACAUAAUCAAUGCAAGAGCCACAAGCGGCCAUUUGGUUUCGUGCAACUCAGCCAUUCCGACCUGUGCGCUAACAGAUUUAGAGUGUGGUGCAACUUACACAGCCACUAUUGUGGCUCAGGGAAGCCAGUGUGACAGCCCACCUGGACCACCUGCUAACAUUACCACAGCUCCCUGCCCUCCAGCGGUUAUUUCCAAGCAGUACAUGUGUGGCAGCAACACAGCCGUGCUCAGUUGGAGUGACACUUUUGGACGUCUCGGCUUCCAAGCUGAAAUAGCUGGAUAUGGCUAUCAGGAAACCUGCAGGACUACAAAUACGAGUUGUGUAGUCCACAAUCUUCCUUGUGGCUUGGAUCUCAAUGUUACUGUGCAGGCUGAGGGAGAGCACUGCAACAGCACCCCUAGUGUCUGUCAUUCACUCCAAACAGCCCCAUGCGCCCCAGUGAACAUUAGUGCCACCCUGGUCUGUUUCAAUCACUCAGCCCUGGUGUCAUGGGUGGGAAGCUCCAGCGCUGUUGAAUACACAGUGACGUCUACCGGCCAAAAUGGACACACACAUCAAUGUCAUUCAAACACGACUAGUUGUCAACUUUCACACAUCCACUGCGAAGAAACGUAUGACAUCACCGUAACGCCUCACUCUGAGUCGUGCGCUGGAACGCCGAGUCAAGUCUACAGCUUCAGAGCAGGCCUUUGCUCUCCGAGUAAUGUCACCAUCUCUCCACCGUGUGAGGACAACAACACAGUGUCUUGGUCCAGUGUGACGGGGGCUGAGAUGUACAUAGCCACAGCCACAGCCGAUGAUGGACACACACACACUUGCAGCUCCAAUGCGUCGACCUCAUGCCAGUUCACUGACCUUCACUGUGGGCAAAACUAUUCUGUCGCCGUGGUGACCGUGGACCGGGGUUGUCUGAGCGAGCCGAGCUCAGCUGUGGAAGUGACGACUGCUCUGUGUCCACCCACUAACUUGGCGGGCGAGGUCGCCUGUGACACCAAUGCCGUGACCAUCUCAUGGGACCCGAGUCCAGUGCCGGGGGUUUCUUAUAUCCUGAAAUACCAGAAGCUCUCUGGCACACUUCCUCCUUCAUCGUGGACGACCUCAAACACCUCACACACACUCGCGGACUUACAGUGUGGACAGCGCUAUGUAUUCUACAUUGCUUUCCUGGAUGGGGCUUGCCACAGCAGCUACAGCCCUUCCAUGGAAUUAAGCACAGCUCCCUGCCAGCCCACAAACUUCACUGCUCACGUGGACUGCGGGCUGAACAAAGGCAACUUCUCCUGGGCUGAAAGCAAUGGAGCAGCUUUUUACACAGUGGAGGUGACAGGGGAGCACGGCCAUGUGGCAUCUUGCGCAUCCAACGACACCUCAUGUGCUGUCAGACUCCACUGCGGCCGCCCCUACUCGGCAUCUCUGGUGGCGUCCACCGAGAGCUGCAACAGCACUGAACAUGCUGACAUUUAUUUUGAUUCUGCGCCAUGUCUGCCAGAAGAUGUUGUCGCCGUAAUGGACUGUUACACCAAUGUGAUGAACGUGACUUGGUCAGAGACCCCCGGCACGGACAACUACACGGCUUGGGCCAUCAGCCUAGAAGGACACAGAGCUUCCUGCAACUCCACAAUCAACAAUUGCUCCAUCCGUGACCUGCACUGCGGCCAUGUCUACGAGGUGGCGGUCACCUCUUCCUCCGUUCAAUGUGAAAUCAUCGCUGGUUCUGACUACAAGGUCCAAGCCGCUCCAUGUAAACCGGAAAACGUCACGGGGGAUCUCAACUGCAGCUCCAACAUCAUGACGGUGACUUGGCAUCAAGUCAGUUCACUGGCUCAGAACUUCACCAUUGAAGCCACAUCGGUUUCAGGUGUGAACUCCACUUGUGAAACCAAUGAGAAUAACUGCUCCUUUUUGGACUUGAGCUGCGGUCAACUCUACACUUUCACGAUAACGGGUCACACCAACGUCUGCAUGAGCGAGAUGAGCUACCCCACAGAGAUGCUAACCGCUCCAUGUCCCCCCGGUGAGGUGUCCGCAGCAAUAAACUGUACCACCCGAACAGCUCUGGUCAGCUGGGAUACCACAGCGGCAGCCACAGCUUACAGCGUCCAUGCAACUUCCACCAACGGACACAACUCCUCCUGCAGUGAGAUGGGAGCGUCGUGCGAACUUGACAGCCUCGUCUGCGGACAGAUCUACUCGGUUGUGGUGGAAUCGAUGCAUACUGGGUGUGCCGGUCCGGCUGCUGCUCCAGUGUUGCUCACUACAGAUCCUUGCGUUCCCAUGAACGUUUCGGUCUCCUACCGUGUAAAUGAUACCCGGGUGCUGUGGAGUGCGGCAGAUGGAGCAAGUUCCUACUCAGUGUGGGCCGGAAACGAUCAAGGCUGGAUAGCCACAUGUAACAGCACAGAAACGAGCUGCCAUCUGAGCGGCCUGCGCUGCGGUCAGAUCUACAAUGUUACUGUGACGGCACACAACCACGGUUGUGAUAGUUUCACCUCUGACGCCCACCGGUUUAUGACAGAACCAUGCCCACCUACCAAUGUUUUAGCCGAUAUGGAAUGUGAGCAACUUGCGGUGACUAUUUCCUGGGACCAGAGUGCGCUCGCUCAGGGUUACGUGGCCUAUGUUUACGACCAUGCCGGACACUACGUUUUGAUGUGUGAGGCGGAGGGCACAACCGCCAGCUGUGCUGUCUCGGGACUCAUGUGUGGCACCCAAUACGACAUGUGGGUCGUAGCCUUGGGAGAGGAGUACAACAGCUCUGACAGCACCACGGUCAUGUUCACAUCAGAGCCUUGCCAACCGGCCAGCAUUGAAGCCAUUAUGGACUGUGAGACCAAAUCCGCUAUGGUAUCCUGGCUACCCGGCCUUGGAGCCGCGUCUUACGUAGCUGAUCUAACAGCCUCAUCGGGCCACACGACAACAUGCACCACCAACGAGACCCACUGCCUUCUCGGAUCUCUGCCGUGUGGCGAGCAAUACAACGUCUCUGUGGCGAGUGUGGGAGACACCUGCGACAGCACUGAGCGAAUGUCAGGAUAUCUCACCACGGAGUCCUGUGUCCCGGUGAAUCUGUCCAUCCACUUCAAUAUGAGCGAAGCUCGCGUCACGUGGGGUGCAGCAAGAGGCGCCGGGUCUUAUUGUGUCCAGGCUGUGAGCGAUCAGGGUCUGACUGCAACCUGUAACAGUACUGGCACCCAAUGCAGUGUGACUGGCUUGCAGUGCAGUCAGAUCUACAACAUCACCGUGGCAGCGAAAAAUGACGUGUGCAACAACACCGCGAGAUCGGAAACGUACCGCCUCAUGACAGAACCUUGCCCACCUACCAAUGUUCAGGCCAAUGUGGAAUGUGAACAGCUUACGGUGGCUGUUUCCUGGGAGCAGAGUGAGCUCGCCGUGGGUUACGUCGUCUACGUUUACGACCAUUACGGAUACUACACUUUGAUGUGUGAGGCUGGAGAUAGAGACACCGGCUGUGUUGUCUCGGGACUCAUGUGUGGCACCCAAUAUGAUGUGUGGGCCAUAGCCCGAGGAGGGGAGUACAAUAGUUCUGAGAGCACAACGGUCUCGUUCACAUCAGCUCCGUGCCUGCCUACCAACAUAAAUGUCGAAGUCGACUGUAACUCCGACGGGGUUGCAGUGGCGUCCUGGAGCCCUCCUUACGGCACAGCAAACAUUUCCCUGACAGCCAGUGGAAGUCUUGAGUUUCCCUGCCAAGCUGAGCACAACAAUGCGUUGAGCAUUUGCAACCUGACGGGUCUAGAUUGCGGCGAAACCUACAACCUGAGCCUCACUGCCAGCAACGACUACUGCAGCGUCACGUCACAUAUGCACUCGAAUUUCACCACACGCCCAUGCCGACCUCAGUAUGUUGGUGUUGCCCUGCCGUGCGGUUCUGAAACUGCUGUCCUGUCCUGGGAGGAGAGUCCUGAAGUGGAACUUUACAUGGGAAGCGCUAUACUUAGCUCAGGCGGGGAGGAGCAUUGGUGCAACGCUACAGGUUCUUCCUGUAUGUUCCCAGACCUCUCCUGCGGGGAGAUGUACAACUUUACCGUCAAAGCACUGAGUCACGGCUGCUGUAGCCAAGCCAGUGACUCUGUGUACAUUCAAACAGAGCCUUGCCAGCCUGUGAUAGUGAUGGCUCGGUCUCCCUGUCAGACUGAGGAGCUGCAGGUGUCCUGGAAUCCCGCUCGCGGUGUGGUGUUUUACCUCAUCACGACCACAGGAAGUCUGGGCUAUGUGAGGAACUACAAUACGACGCAGACGAGCCUGACCGCUGCUCUACCGUGUGGACAGAACUACAGCGUCAUCGUGCAAGGACAAGGCAGCGAGUGCAACAGUGACCCAAGCAGCCCUGCCUUUGUCAAAACAUCUCCAUGCAUCCCUCGUGAUGUGAUGACUCAUGAGCAGUGCGGGGCAAACGCAGCCGCCGUUUAUUGGCGGGCCAGUGAUGGCGCCAUAACAUACGCCGCAGAAGCCAUCGGUCUUGAUGGACACAGCCACUGGUGUUACAGCAACCACAGCAACUGCACCUGGGACGACCUUCACUGUGGCGAUGAAUACACCGUCCUGGUGAUGGCCGAGGAUGAAGACUGCGCCAGCUUGCCCAGCAACAGCUCUGUCAUCUACAUGGAACCAUGUUUGCCCCAGAAUGUCCUUGCCUCUGUGGACUGUGAGGUGAACGCUAUCUCGCUUAGUUGGGAUGCCAGUAAUGGAACAAAAAUGUAUGUGGUCUCACUUGACACGGAAGGCCAAAGUGUUAUGCACAGCACCAAUGACACCGAAGUGCACUUGUCCGGCCUUAACUGUGGGGAAAACUACAGCCUCACAGUGACACCUCACAACCAUUACUGCGUCGGUAUGACCAGCGUAACAACUUCCAUACAGACCUGGCCUUGCCCACCCAGGGAGGUCUACACCAUGAAGGACUGCCUUUCUGGUAUUGUCAUGGUUGCGUGGCAACCCAGCAAUGGGACAGACCACUACAUGGCCACCAUGGGCUCUGUCAGCGGCGUCUCUCAAACUUGCAUGUCAUACUCUGGCGAAUGCAACAUUUCUGGACUGACCUGCGGACAGAACUUUGCUGUGUCCGUCACAGCGUCCAACCAGCUAUGUAACGUCACCUCCGUAGCAUAUCACAGUGUGCAAUCAGUGCCAUGUGUUCCCGCUGACGUCUCCGUGGCGAAGGACUGCGAUAGCAACACCGCUGCCGUGUCCUGGUCUGCCAGCGACGGUGCGACGCAGUACUUAGUGACGGCCUCCUGUUACCACGGCAAUGUCAGCCACCAGACCUCCGACCUCAACUAUACUCUGAAUGACCUCAUGUGUGGUAGCCGAUACGCCAUUCAAGUGGUGGCUAUGGAUGACAACUGCUCCAGUGUUCCCAGUCAUGUUCUGAUAUUUGACACAGCCCCAUGUCCACCCCUCAACGUGACCACCCAGCUCAGCUGCAUGUCCAAUAAUUUGACGGUUUCUUGGGACUCCGUCGGGUACGCUGACUACUUUUUGGUCUGGCUAAGUGAGGACAACGUACAAGGCAGUGGUGAGACCUUUAACACCACCGACAAUGAGUGUUCCACCAGUCACCUGAACUGUGGGAGCAGCUACGCCGUCCAAGUCACAGCAGUCAAAGGAGAUUGCCGGACCCAAUCCAAUCAGAACUACAGCAUUUUGACAGCUCCGUGCCAGCCUCAGGGCAUCCAAGGCAGCCUUGACUGUGUGACCAAUUCUGCCUGGAUCUCAUGGGACUCUGCCCUGGGCGCCGACUGCUACGCCGUUUUAGCGAUCGGGGAAGAUGACAGCACAGCCAACUGUACCACCUGGACCAACACCACCUGCGAGGUGGAGGACCUGGCGUGUGGUAUUCUUUAUCACUUUAGCGUGACGGCCAAGAACAGCCAGUGUGACAGUUAUCCCAGCGCCACCAUUGACUUGCAAACAGCUCCCUGCUCCCUCGCUGGCAUCACGGCCGUCCCUGAAUGCCACAACGCUUCCAUCCUCGUUAUCUGGGAGCUCGCGGAAGGCGGCGAGGGAAACACCGUGUACAUCGCCACAGCCGAGGCCAGCGACCACACGUACCUGUCCUGCAAUGGCACGGGCACAAACUGCACCCUGCGCGGGGCACAGUGUGACCUCCACUACACCGUCAUCGUUGCCGCUUCAUCAGACCGGUGCAGCAGUUUGAGAAGUCCGCCUUAUAGACUAAGCAUGGAACCGUGUCCACCGAGCGAAGUGACUGUCAGAGCCUCGUGUGAGGACCACAGCGCCCUGGUGUCCUGGACCUCCUCUCCGGUCGCCGCGACUUACUAUGUUGUCGCAUCGGCUGCGGACGGACACACGCAUACCUGCAGCGGCUCCUCUUCCACUAACUGUAGCUUGUCUGGGCUGCAUUGCGACGAGCAGUACACGGUCUACGUGACAGCCAGUCAUGAGAACUGCACCAGCAUGGCCAGUCACAAUGUUACCUUCAGCACGGGUCCCUGUCAGCCCGAGGGUCUCUCGGUCGCCUUCCACUGCAGUAAUGAGUCUGCAGUCCUCUCGUGGACCCCCAGUGAUAACGCUGUGGACUAUUACGGCUGCGCUCAGACAUGGAGUGGAGAGAUGCUUUACUGUCACAGUACCUAUCCCACCUGUACCAUUUCUAAUCUGAACUGCGGGACUCUUUAUAACUUCACUGUCCAGGCCUCGGAUGGCACGUGCAACAGCUCCUUCAGUGAUCCGGUGCAAAGAGGAGCAGCCCCGUGUCCGCCAGACGCUGUUGAAGUGCAGCCUAUGAUGAUGUACGCGGAGAUCCAGACUUUGCAAUUCACCUGGACAGACAUCAGCUGCGCAUCCACAGAGUACCUGCUGAGGUUAUCGGGGAACCUGCUGGGAGACAGCCAGGCCCGCUUCGAAGUGUCUUCCUAUUGGACAACCACGACCUCGUUCGAGAUCCCGCUUCCCUGCGGUUCCUACUAUGUGGCUACAGUGGAGAGCAGGAACAUGGCUGGAACCAGCAACCAGUCUGUGCCUCUUCAUGAGACAACAGCCCCAUGUCAACCGUCCACAGUGUUGUACAGCAGCAACAGCUCAGUCGCCAAAGUUUCCUGGAGCCCUUCCGUGUUCGCCACCACCUACACCGUGUACAAGCACAACAUCUCACUCAGCUCCCGGCUGUGCACCACCAGCGGCCUGGCCUGCUUUCUGCUCAUCAACAUUGCCUAUUCAGACCUGCUGGUCACGGCCAGUAACGCAGCCGGGGAAAGCCGAGGGUCGACCGUCGCGAGCGUGGUGUCACACGAAGUCAGAAAACGAGACCUCAGUGAGAGUGAAGUUCCUGUGUUAAACGUCUCACUGCUGACCAAUUCGUUGGUCAUGGCGGAGUGGCCUCAAGAAGACGUUGCGAAUGACACCGCUUACAAGCUAGUGAUCUCGCAGCAGCGGGCCAACUCCGAGUCACCCCAGGAACUCAUCGUACUCGGGCAAAGCUACAUCCUCACUGAUCUGAGCCCCAACUCUACUUACUGCCUCACCGUGUCUGCCUGGAGCGAAACUAACGUUGGACCGGCGUCGGAUUCUGUGUGUUUGGAAACAGGACAAGCUAGCUAGCAAUCAUUGUGUAUAACACCACCUAUUCACACACAACAAGCCUGAUCAUAAUGUGACAGAUCAAAUCACACGACACCUUGUAGCUUUAGACCUUGUAGCAUACAGGAAAGACUUGUUUGGGGGUCGUGAUCUUGGUUGUGCAAUGCAACAUUUGGAUACAAGGAAUUAAGUUUUCCAUGUCAACUUGAGUAACUUUUGUCCAUAUAGUGUAUAUUAACUGAGUGACACAAUAUGCUGAUAGUGCUGAUGAUUGCAACAUCUUUCUGUGAUUAAAACCCCAAAAUCCAUUGUGAAA